AUGAAUUAUUGUGUUUGUUGUGGAAAUAAUGAAAGUUUGACUUUACAUCAUGUUGUUCCAAAUAUGUAUAGGAAAUAUAUGCCAGAAGUUAUAAAAUCACAUGCGAGUCAUGACAUUUUAUUAAUGUGUAUAAAAUGUCAUUCAACUUACGAAACAUUUGCGAUGGAAUUCAAAAAACAAAUUUCUCAAAAAUUCAAUUUCCCAUUAGAUGGUCAGGCACAAAUUCGAUUGGAUUAUAAUGCAAAAGUAAGAAAAGCUGCUUCAGCCUUAUUAAGAGAAUUUAAUAACAUGAAAGAUAUUGUGAUGAAAGGUAUUGAUGAGAAUGAAGAAUCAAAGGCAAUUGAAUUACCAGAAUAUCAAAAAAAUCCAGAAUUCAUUGAACACGGGAAAUUUGUUAUUGAUUCUUUAAUGAAAGAAUAUUAUUAUAUUAAAAUUUUAUCAGAAACUGAUAAACAAGAAAUAUUUAUCAAUGAAAUUGACAAUAAUAUUGAUAAUAAUAUUGAUAAUAAUCCCAUUUUUUAA